AUGGCGAUUGCAGCAGCUGUCAUCGUCCCGUUGGGGGUUCUCUUCUUCUUUUCCGGUCUAGCCGUCAAUCUCAUUCAGGCAGUUUGCUUUGUUCUCAUUCGGCCGCUAUCAAAGAGCACUUACAGAAUCAUCAACAGAGCCGUUGCCGAGUUACUAUGGCUGGAGCUCGUUUGGAUCGUUGAUUGGUGGGCAGGGGUUAAGAUUGAAUUGUACACUGAUAGUGAGACAUUCCACCAAAUGGGUAACGAACAUGCACUUGUCUUGUGCAACCAUAGAAGUGACAUCGACUGGCUUGUUGGAUGGGUUUUGGCACAGAGGUCGGGAUGCCUUGGCAGUGCCUUAGCUGUUAUGAAGAAGUCACUUAAACUCCUCCCGGUCAUAGGCUGGUCCAUGUGGUUCUCUGAAUACCUAUUUCUGGAGCGAAACUGGGCGAAGGAUGAGAGCACGUUAAAAUCAGGUAUUCAGCGGCUACGUGACUUUCCUCGGCCCUUUUGGCUGGCUCUUUUUGUUGAAGGAACUCGUUUUACACAGGCAAAGCUCUUAGCUGCACAGGAGUAUGCAGCAUCAGCUGGAUUGCCUGUCCCUAGAAAUGUGUUGAUUCCUCGUACUAAGGGCUUUGUUUCUGCAGUAAGUAAUAUGCGAACAUUCGUGCCGGCCAUUUAUGAUGUGACUGUGGCUAUCCCAAAAAGUUCACCUCAACCAACUAUGAUCAGACUGUUCAAGGGCCAGUCAUCUGUGGUUCAUUGCCAUCUGAAGCGGCACUCCAUGAAGGACCUGCCUGAUACAGACGAUGCUGUUGCACAAUGGUGCAGGGAUUUGUUUGUGGCCAAGGAUGCACUGCUAGACAAGCACGAUGAUGAUGGUACAUUCACAGACCAAGACUUAGUAAAUAUGGGCCGACCUAUCAAGUCUCUUGUGGUUGUCACUUCAUGGGCAUCUUUACUCGUCUUUGGAACCUUGAAGUUCCUUCAAUGGUCCUCCCUUCUAUCCUCCUGGAAGGGUAUUGCCAUCUCUGCAGCUUGUCUGGCCAUCAUCACAGUAUUGAUGCAGGUCUUGAUUCGAUUCUCUCAGUCUGAGCGUUCUACCCCUGCCAGAGUUGCUCGGAAAACGAGGCCCCAGAAUCAAGCGGGAGGAGAAAUUUCAUCAGAUGCUGCUGCAGAACGUAACGGGCACUGA